AUGCAAUAUGAAAAUUUUAGUCGACAUCUUCGAGAAAAAUAUUAUACACGUGUACAUAUUGCGGAACAAAUUAUUGAUCAACUCAAAUAUAAUAGUCAACAACGAAUAUUCAUGACAUCUGUACCUAAAUCAAAUAAUAAAAAUAUGAUUAAAGCUCAACAAGAAAUAUCUUUCCCAUUGAUAUCGUAUUUAAAUAAAUUUGAAUGUGAUAAACAAAUUUCAAAUGAGAAUAAUAAACAAUUAGAACCUUAUUUUAAUGAAUGUCUCUUAGCUGCAGAACGUAUUAAAAAUAAUCGACGUUCUGAUCGUGAUCGACAAAUUUGUUAUGAAAAUUUUGUUUUAGCACAAAAAUUAGAACGUAUUAAAAAACAAUCUGGACAAAAUGCGCGAAUGACUUUAGAAAAAGACUAUCAAAAUCAUUGUCGAUUGUUAAUGUCAAAAGCUAAUGAUGGGCAUAACACGAAGAAAUUAAUUAAGAAAAGAUUUACUACGAAACAAUUUCACUUAUCAAAUGAAAAAGGUUGA